AACGGGGUUGGAGAAAUGCCGGAGUCUCUGUUACAUGUGCUGCUCAGAUUGACUCUCUGCCCCCGUUUUGAAGUACAGGCUUAAGCUUUAACGCUGAAAAUUUGAGAGAGAGAUGGGAAGCAACGAGGAGUGGAGGAAAAAUGCAGAUACGCACAAAAUGAAGCCGGAGGAUGUAAAAGCAGCAGGAGUGGAAGCCUCCAAGAGGCCUCCAGGACACCACCCAGGCACAACCCUACACCAGCGCCGGAGUCUCCCCUACAGCAUCACCACCAUGACAAUCGCUGGCCUCUUCAUCGUCGGCGCCAUCGGAUAUAUCACCUUAUACACCAUGAAAAAGCCCGAAGCCUCUGCCAAAGACGUCGCCAAGGUCGCUACGAAUGUCGCAGAACCUGAAGACACCAAGCCCAGGAAGUAGGCUCCAUUGCUGGGAACUGUUUUCUUUUUUUCCCUCUCCCCCCACUGUGCUGUCUUUCCUUCAUUUACAACCUGAAUGCAAAAUAUGCUUUUCAUUCUAUAAAAGAAUCUGAAAAAAGAAAAAGGAUCUA